CCGUUGCCUGGCGACUGACCCGCUGCGGCCCGCACUUCCGUGGCCUCCGACGCAGUAUGAGUGGAGCGCCGCCGUCGCCGCCCGAGCCCGGGCUGCAGACGCGGCUCGUGGAGAACCAGCCCUACGACGAGAGCCUGGACGUGAACGAGACGGAGGACGUCGCCAGCAUCUACGCGCCCAGCCCGCCGCAGCCCGGCCCGCGCCCCGCGCGCCCCCCGUGCAAGGACAGCAGCGACGAGGACGAGGAGGGCGCCGCGGGGGCCCUGAAGGGAGCGACCACCCCGCCGCGUGCGCCCGGCUGGGCCCCCGUCGCCGCUCCCGACCGGCCCGCGGGCGCCCUGUUGCAGCCCGAAAAGAAGGGCGGCGGCGGCCCGCUGGGUUCCGGCCGGCGGUUCAGCGGCCACGAGGUGGAGGAUGACGACGAGGACUCCUCGGAGACCGACUCAGACGAGGACGAGGACGAUGAGGACGACGAGCACGGCGCCCCGCUGGAGGGGGCUUACAACUCGGCCGACUAUGACUACCUGCCCGUCUCCCUGGAGGUGAAGGAGCUGUUUCAGUACAUCCGGAGGUAUUCCUCCCAAAUGAUCGACCUGGAGCACAAGCUAAAGCCUUUCAUCCCGGACUUCAUUCCUGCUGUGGGAGACAUCGAUGCCUUCUUGAAGGUUCCACGCCCGGAUGGGAAGCCAGAUAAUCUGGGCUUGUUAAUGCUGGAUGAGCCGUCCACCAAACAGUCGGAUCCCACUGUACUUUCCUUGUGGCUCACUGAGAACUCAAAGCAGCAUAAUGUGGCCCAGCAGGUGAAAGUAAAGAGCCUUGAGAAUGCGGAGAAGAACCCCAAAGCUGUGGACAGCUGGAUCGAGAGCAUCAGUGAACUCCACCGUUGCAAGCCUCCGGCUACCGUCCAUUAUGCUAGGCCGAUGCCCGAUAUAGAUAUGCUGAUGCAAGAAUGGUCUCCAGAGUUUGAAGAGUUGCUGGGAAAGGUGAGCCUCCCGACCGCUGAUGUUGACUGCAGUUUAGCUGAAUAUACAGACAUGAUCUGUGCCAUUCUGGACAUUCCUGUCUACAAGGGUCACAUCCAACCUUUGCACACCUUAUUCUCGCUCUACUCUGAAUUCAAAAAUUCACAGCAUUUCAAGGCUUUGGCUGAGGGCAAGAAGGUUGCCAGCCCCCCCUCCAAUCCACCCUCACAGGCUGGAGAGACAGAUAUUUUAAGCUUCACCUGAGAGUGAAGGUCACAGCAUCCUGCCUCCUGGUAUUUAAAUAAAGGUGCUGUUAACCUCAGGGGUAUUUAAGAGAGGUUUCCAACUCCCAUUUCCUUGGAGUUGUUGCUGGCCUGGCAUUCAGAUGAUAAUUCAGUGUAAUAUUUGUGUAAUAAAGUUUUGCUGUAGAUGUU